UUUUGUACUUAGUUAAGUCUAUUGCAAAACUCCUUGUCAUCUCAUGGGAACAGACUCUUUAAUAUUAAUGGUCCAGUCCUGCAAACAGAUUACAUAUAUCUGUAACAUUUUCAGGAUCAGGCUCUGUGGAGGUGCAUCCAAGUUGUAGUUAGGGCCCAAGCCCACACGUGCUUACUAAACACAUUGCUAUGGGGAUUAUGCACUGGAAUAAACACUGGACAGGAUCACUGAACCCCUAUUUUGCCAUUGAUAAGGACUGUAAGCCUAUGGAGUUGCAGGCGCAAUGCCAGUCACAGGAUCAGGACCAUAGAGUUCUGUGUACCUUAUACUUUUAGGAGCACCCCAAUUCCAUUUGCGUUUUGGAGGUGUCUGUAAAAAACCUAGAUGGGUUUGGAGUGCUUGCUGUAAGUUUAAGAAAAAUCUCCCCCCUCCAAAAGCAGAGCCUUAAAAGAAAAAUAAAAAAGGUACAAUUACAUUCUGCCCCCUGAUUUUAUCUGGGUGACAUAAAAUUCAGGGGGGAAAGCUAACUAUAAAGAAAGGGCGGUUUUUCUUAAUAGAAAAGCGAGGGGGGGAAAUCUCAUUUUUGUGUGUGUAUGUCUGUGUGAGAGUGUAAAACCUUCUUGAAAAACACCAAGGAAAAGACAGAGUUAAAUCUGUCCCCUCGAUGCACUUCACUGAAUUUGGACCGAGUUUAAAUUAUUUUUUUUCUUGGUUCUUCCUUUCUUGCCCUAAGCCUAAAGAAAAAAAAACCCUACUCCCUUCUGAAGUAUUUAAAAGUAGGAAAGGAAGGGGAAAAAAGAAGGCCCCCCUUCUCUUAUCUUUCGCAUGAACUAGUAAAGCAACCAAAAAAAAAUAUAUAUAUAUAUAUGGUGUUACUAGUAUGGAACUAGUUAACCUUUAACAAUUUAUGCUGAUGUCACACUGAGCAUGAGUACUGAUUAAUCCCAGCCUUUUCUGUCCCCCCCCCUCGUAAAAAUAUUUUUAUUGAGGGAGGAGGGGAGAAGUAUAAGAAAAAAGAAAUAAUUUAGAGCAGCCAUCUUUGUUUUAUGCAGAAAUCUUUCUCUUUCAGUUCCCCCCCCCCAGUGCCAGGAAUAUACAAAUAUUGUUCAUCUAUGCAAUGAGCUGAGAGACUCAAACAAGCAACAAUAAGGAGAAAAAUUAAGAUAAGGGGGAGGGAAUCUUUUUUGUUGUGACUGUUUUGGAUUGAUUUUUGAGGGGGGUUUUGGGGGAUUUUUUUCUGUGAACCUCAAGGAAGAGGUGUGUAUGCCGUGGGGAGGGGGGGUGACUUAAAAUCAAGCCAGCCAUUUUGUUUUUUUUUUAAUAAAGAAAAGGGUGGGGGAUUUUUCCCCCCUUUUUCCCUCCUGGGGGGGGUCUGUUUUAAAAAUAAUUUAAGGGCGGCCAUUUUUGUUCCUUGCUCUUGUGGCAAAUAUUAUGCUGGGCUGCCCCCUCAGAAUUUAAAUAUAUUUUAAACCUCUUUCUCUUUCCUACCCCCCAUUUUUAUAUUUUAAAGGGGGGGGAGGGGAAAAAGUUAAAAAGGAGUUUUUCCCUCUUUUUGAAUCCAUGGGACUUUUUCAGGCUGUUCUUUUUUGACUGAGGUGAUCUGAAAGGGGGGGGGAGAGGAAUUUUGUGUGUGGUGAAGGGGGGUUGUUCCCCCCUUCUCUCUCUCUCUGUUUCCCUGCCCCCCCCAGCACCACCAUGGCUUCCCCUCUGAGGGAGGACGAGGAAGAGGAGGAGGAGAUGGUGGUGUCUGAGGUGGAGGGGGAUGAAGAAGAAGAGGAGGAAGAGGAGGAGGAAGAAGGAGCAGGGGACAACAGCCCAGGCGACAUAUUCCCGCCUGCUGCUGCUCCACUGGCACCAGCACCAGCAGCAUCCACCCCACUAGCCGCUGAGGCGCCUCCAGACGAAGAAGAUGGGGAUCUCAGGAGCCUGGAAAGUGCCCUGGGCGUCAAGAAGAAGAAAAGAGGUCCCCGUAAGCAAAAGGAAAACAAGCCAGGGAAGCCCCGGAAGCGCAAAAAAUUAGUGAGUGAAGAUGAGUUUGAGUCGGAGCGGGAGGAGUUCCGGGAGAAGUCGGAGAGCGGUGGCAGCGACUAUGGAGGGGUGGCCAAGAAGAAGCGGCGGAAGCACCGGGAGAAGAAGGAGAAGAAGACCAAACGCCGGAAAAAGGUGGAUGAUGAAGCAGGCCAGAAAGUAAAGCAGGUGGAACAGAAAUCCUCAGCCCAGCUGCUUAUGACCUGGGGGCUGGAAGAUGUGGACCAUGUGUUUUCUGAGGAGGAUUACCACACACUCACCAACUACAAAGCCUUCAGCCAGUUCAUGAGGCCUCUCAUUGCCAAAAAGAACCCCAAGAUCCCCAUGUCCAAGAUGAUGACCAUCCUUGGAGCCAAGUGGCGGGAGUUAGGAGAGGACUACAUGUUGUGGCCGGGUCACAAAAGGCGGAGCAAGAGCCCUCGUGUGCCGGAGAUGAAGAGGAAGAUGAAAGGGAAGAGGAUGGCUCCGCUGAAGAUCAAGCUGGGCAUGAUCGGAGGCAAGCGCAAGAAGAGUAGCUCGAGCGAGGAAGUGGGCGAGAUGGAGGAAGAGUCCGAUAUUGACAACUCCAGUGUCCACAGCUCCUCGGUGCGGUCUGACAGCUCAGGGCGCGUCAAGAAACUCAAGCGUGGCCGGCCAGGCCGGAAAAGGAAGAAGGCAAUCUCCACCAUCCCAAUCCAGGAUCGGAGCCCCAUGGUGCUGGGCACUGCACAGACACAUGUGACCGGAGAGGAGGAAGUGGAUGGCUACGAGACAGACCACCAGGACUACUGCGAAGUGUGUCAGCAGGGUGGUGAGAUCAUCCUCUGUGACACCUGCCCCAGGGCCUACCACCUGGUUUGCCUGGAUCCCGAACUCGACAAGGCGCCUGAGGGCAAAUGGAGCUGCCCUCACUGCGAGAAGGAAGGGGUUCAGUGGGAGGCCAAGGAGGAGGACGAGGAGUAUGAGGAAGAGCUGGAGGAGGAGGGUGAGAAGGAGGAGGAGGAUGACCACAUGGAGUACUGCCGGGUCUGCAAGGAUGGCGGGGAACUGUUGUGCUGUGAUGCCUGCAUCUCAUCCUACCACAUCCACUGCCUUAACCCGCCGCUGCCUGAGAUCCCCAAUGGGGAAUGGCUCUGCCCUCGAUGCACGUGCCCCGUGCUAAAGGGCCGUGUGCAGAAGAUCCUGCACUGGCGCUGGGGAGAGCCACCCCCACCUGUGCUGGUGCCCCGGCCGCCUGAUACUGGCCCAGAUGAGCCCUCGCCCAAGGCGCUGCAGGGGCGCUCGGAGCGGGAAUUCUUUGUCAAGUGGGUCGGCCAGUCCUACUGGCACUGCUCCUGGGCCAAGGAACUGCAGCUGGAGAUCUUCCACCUGGUGAUGUACCGCAACUACCAGCGGAAGAACGAUAUGGACGAGCCGCCCCCGCUGGACUAUGGCUCUGGCGAUGAUGACGGCAAGAGUGAGAAGCGGAAGAGCAAGGACCCGCUCUACGCCCAGAUGGAGGAGAGGUUCUACCGCUAUGGCAUCAAGCCCGAGUGGAUGGCCAUCCACCGCAUCAUCAACCACAGCAUCGACAAAAAAGGGAACUACCACUACCUGGUGAAAUGGCGCGACCUGCCUUACGACCAGUCCACGUGGGAGGAGGACGAGAUGGCCAUUCCUGACUUUGACUUCCACAAGCAUGCCUACUGGAGACACAGGGAGCUGAUCAUGGGUGAGGACCCGGCCCAGCCCCGGAAGUACAAGAAAAAGAAGAAAGAGAUGCCAUCGGAGGGCCCCCCAAAUUCCCCCACCAACGAUCCCACGGUGAAGUACGAGACCCAGCCGCGCUUCAUCACCUCCACGGGCGGGACCCUGCACAUGUACCAGCUGGAGGGGCUGAACUGGCUGCCCUUCUCCUGGGCCCAGGGCACUGACACCAUCCUGGCUGACGAGAUGGGCCUCGGCAAGACCAUCCAGACCAUUGUCUUCCUCUACUCUCUCUACAAGGAGGGUCACACCAAAGGCCCCUUCCUGGUCAGCGCCCCCCUCUCCACCAUCAUUAACUGGGAGCGGGAGUUCCAGAUGUGGGCACCCAAGUUCUACGUGGUGACCUACACGGGUGACAAGGACAGCCGCUCCAUCAUCCGCGAGAACGAGUUCUCCUUCGAGGACAACGCCAUGAAGGGGGGCAAGAAGGCCUUCAAGAUGAAGAGGGAAGCUCAGGUGAAAUUCCAUGUGCUGCUCACCUCCUACGAGCUGGUCACCAUAGACCAGGCGGCGCUGGGCUCUAUCCGCUGGGCCUGCCUGGUGGUGGACGAGGCACACCGGCUGAAGAACAACCAGUCCAAGUUCUUCAGGGUGCUGAACGGUUACAAGAUCGACCACAAACUGCUGUUGACGGGGACACCACUGCAGAAUAACCUAGAGGAGCUGUUCCACCUGCUCAACUUCCUCACGCCCGAGCGCUUCAAUAACCUGGAAGGCUUCCUGGAGGAAUUUGCUGACAUCUCCAAGGAAGACCAGAUCAAGAAGCUGCAUGACCUGCUGGGCCCUCACAUGCUGCGGCGCCUUAAGGCUGAUGUCUUCAAGAACAUGCCUGCCAAGACGGAGCUGAUUGUGCGCGUCGAGCUGAGCCCCAUGCAGAAGAAAUACUACAAAUACAUCCUGACCCGCAACUUUGAAGCCCUGAACUCCCGGGGCGGUGGCAACCAGGUCUCCCUGCUCAAUAUCAUGAUGGAUCUCAAGAAGUGCUGUAACCACCCCUACCUCUUCCCCGUGGCUGCUAUGGAAUCUCCCAAGCUGCCCAGUGGUGCCUACGAGGGCGGUGCCCUCAUCAAAUCCUCCGGGAAGCUCAUGCUGUUACAGAAGAUGCUGCGGAAACUGAAGGAGCAAGGCCACCGGGUGCUGAUUUUCUCUCAGAUGACUAAAAUGCUGGACCUGCUGGAGGAUUUCCUGGACUACGAAGGCUACAAGUACGAGCGGAUUGACGGUGGGAUCACUGGGACCUUGCGGCAAGAGGCCAUUGACAGAUUCAAUGCUCCUGGGGCCCAGCAGUUUUGCUUCCUGCUUUCGACCCGAGCAGGAGGCCUGGGCAUCAACCUGGCCACUGCAGACACGGUGAUCAUCUUUGAUUCAGACUGGAACCCCCACAACGACAUUCAGGCCUUCAGCAGGGCUCACCGCAUUGGCCAGGCCAACAAGGUGAUGAUCUACCGGUUCGUCACAAGGGCCUCAGUGGAGGAGCGCAUCACGCAGGUAGCCAAGCGGAAGAUGAUGCUGACGCACCUGGUGGUGCGCCCCGGGCUGGGCUCUAAGGCUGGCAGCAUGUCCAAGCAGGAGCUGGAUGACAUCCUCAAGUUUGGCACCGAGGAGCUCUUCAAGGAUGAGAAUGAGGGGGAGAACAAGGAGGAGGAUAGCAGCGUGAUCCACUAUGACAACGAGGCCAUCGCCCGGCUGCUGGAUCGCAACCAGGAUGCCACCGAUGAUGCUGAUGUGCAGAACAUGAACGAGUAUCUGAGCUCCUUCAAGGUGGCCCAGUAUGUAGUGCGGGAGGAGGACAAGAUUGAGGAGAUCGAGCGGGAGAUCAUUAAGCAGGAGGAGAACGUGGACCCUGACUACUGGGAGAAGCUGCUGAGGCAUCACUAUGAGCAGCAGCAGGAGGACCUGGCCAGGAACCUGGGGAAGGGGAAACGGGUACGGAAACAGGUCAACUACAAUGAUGCUGCACAGGAGGACCAAGGUCAGCACUCAUUGAUUGGUGCCUGCGGUGCCCUGGGCAGGGCUGGGCUGGCAGGGGCUGUGGGACAGGAGGCUGGGAUUUCCAGGACAGUGCACAUUAAAUUGAGUGACUAUGGGUCGAAGGCAGAUGCCUUCAGACUGGAGGGGGUGCAGGUUCCUCACCGCAAACAGGCACAGCCUGCCCACCAAGUGGUGGAUCUGUCUUUCUACAAUCAGAGGCCGGAAGGACGGCGCCAGUCCAAACGCCAGCUCCGCAAUGAGAAAGACAAACCUCUGCCUCCACUGCUGGCCCGAGUCGGGGGCAACAUUGAGGUGCUAGGCUUCAACACACGGCAACGCAAGGCCUUCCUGAACGCCGUCAUGCGCUGGGGGAUGCCCCCCCAGGAUGCCUUCACCUCCCAGUGGCUGGUCCGGGACCUGCGGGGCAAGACGGAGAAGGAGUUUAAGGCCUACGUCUCCCUCUUCAUGAGGCACCUGUGUGAGCCCGGGGCAGACGGCUCCGAGACCUUCGCUGAUGGCGUGCCCAGGGAGGGGCUGUCCCGUCAGCAGGUCCUGACGCGCAUCGGCGUCAUGUCACUGGUGAAGAAGAAGGUGCAGGAAUUCGAGCACAUCAAUGGGCGGUGGAGCAUGCCUGAGCUCAUGCCUGACCCCAGCGCUGACUCCAAGAGGUCGUCUCGUGCCUCCUCGCCCACCAUCAAGACCUCCACCACCACCCCUGAGCCCAGCUGUACCAACACACCCUGCACCUCCAAGCCAGCCACACCUGCCCCCAGUGAGCGAGGGGAUGGCAUGGGGCUGCUGGCUGAGAAGGAUGAGCUGGAGGGGAAGGAGACGGAGAAAGAACCGAAGAGCAAUGACCGGGUGGAGACAGAGGGUCCCACACUGGAGCAGCCAACGCUCACCACCUCCCCUGGAGAGAAGAGCGAGCCAGAGGUAGGCAAGAAAGCAGAAGAAGAGGAGCCCAUGGCGCUGGGGGAGAAGGAGCCAGAGGCAGAGUCCUUGGUCAAGGAGGAGAAGGAGAAAUCGGGAGCCGAAGAAAAGCCAGUGGUGGAGAAGACCGAAGAGAGAGCUGGUGACAAUGAUGAGCCAAAGGAGAAGGGGGACGGGGAAGGGCUGGAACUGAAGAAAGAAGAGGUGAAGGUGGAGAAGGAAGCUGGCAAGGAGUCCAAGGUGGGCAACAUCAAAGAGGAGAGCAAGGCCAACGGGCGAAAGGAGGACAAGACCGACAAGCCCCGGUUCAUGUUCAACAUUGCAGAUGGCGGCUUCACAGAACUGCACACGCUGUGGCAGAACGAGGAACGGGCGGCCAUCUCCUCCGGGAAGUUGAACGAGAUCUGGCAUCGGCGCCACGAUUACUGGCUGUUGGCUGGCAUCGUGCUACAUGGCUAUGCCCGCUGGCAGGACAUCCAGAAUGACGCCCAGUUCACCAUCAUCAAUGAGCCCUUCAAAACUGAGGCCAACAAGGGGAACUUCCUGGAGAUGAAGAACAAGUUCCUGGCCAGGAGGUUCAAGCUCCUGGAGCAAGCCCUGGUGAUCGAGGAGCAGCUGCGCCGAGCCGCUUACCUGAACAUGACUCAGGACCCCAGCCACCCGGCCAUGGCGCUCAACACACGCUUUGCCGAGGUCGAGUGUCUGGCUGAGAGCCACCAGCACUUGUCCAAGGAGUCCCUGGCUGGCAACAAGCCUGCCAACGCCGUCCUUCACAAGGUGCUCAACCAGCUGGAAGAGCUGCUGAGCGACAUGAAAGCCGACGUGACGCGCCUUCCGGCCACUCUGUCCCGGAUCCCUCCCAUUGCCGCCCGCCUCCAGAUGUCCGAGCGCAGCAUUCUUAGCCGCCUGGCCAACAAGGGCAACGAGACGCAGACCAUCCCGGCCUUCCCGCCAGGCCCCUAUGCCACCCCCCCGAGCUUUGGGGGCUCCUUCAGUGCUGGAGCAUUGCCCACGGGGGGCGCCAAUUACAGCCAGAUGCCUGCUGGGUCCUUCAUCACAGCUGCCACCAAUGGCCCCCCGGUGCUGGUGAAGAGGGAGCGGGACAGUGACCCCCUGGAGAAGAAGGAGCCCCGAGCCGGCGAGGUGAUCUGUAUCGACGACUGAGAGACCUCUCCCCUCCUGCGGGCAGGGGCAGCCCCUCUCCCCCUCUCCUUCCUCAGGCGGGAAGGGCACCACAUCUGCUCCCCCCCCACACUCUACCCAGAUGGGACCCUACCGCCCCCCACCUCCAUGGGGGUGAGCAUGUAGCCUUGGUGAGCGAUGGGGGGGUCCUGCCCUCGUAGUUGGGCCCCCGGACCCCCGUCCUGCCGGCUACUCUAUAAAUAUGAAUAUAUAUAUAUAUAUAUACACAUACUGUAUGGGGUGCCUCCUGCCGGCCCCCCCACUGGGGGGAGGCCCCUCCCCGGUUUGGGAAGGUUGCCCCCAUCCCAAAGCGGGGUAGGGGGGCAGUUCUACCUCGCUGUGGUCUGGCUUGGGGGGUAGGGAAGGGCUGGGCGGGUGGGAGCGCGCCAGGAGUCACUCCGGAUUGUCGCCAGUUCGCAUCACUUCUUGUUUAAACUGCGCGGAAUAAAGGCACCAUUCCUUGGCUAUGUGA